AUGGAAGAGUUGAGCAAGGCAACUGACAACCCAAAGCUGAGACCUGACAAAUCACUGUACGACCGUGUGGUGGAGGCAUGGGAAGCCUUGGGCGCAGGCGACGAAAUUGAGAAGCUGCGCAUCAGCCAAAGUGAAAUGUACGCCGAAGAAGCAGAGUCCACCAAGAAGGCAACUUCGCAACAGCAUGCGAUCAAAUCGGAAGACGACGUCCGGAAAGCCAUGAAGCAAUUGGGGGUUUCUCUUGACGGGAAUGAGAAGUUUCAGGCAGACACGCUUACAUUCAAUCGAAUUAUACGCCAAUUAGCUAACGCAGAAGUGCCGCAGGGAGGGCAAAUCGCUGAAGAGAUAUUUGUCUACAUGUUGGACCAGUAUCUGAACCAUGCCAAUGUCAAACUCAAACCAGACAUUAUCACGUUCAACACCGUGAUCCUUGCACAUUCCAAGAGUAAACACCCAGAGCGUUGCAAACGGUUUUUGAAAAAUCUCCAAGAGCUCCACGAUGGCGGAAUGCUGCUCGACAUCAAAGCGGAUUUGAUUUCUUACAACACAGUCAUUCAUGCAUAUCAGAGAUCUAACAUUCCCAAUGCUGGGCAAGAGGCCGAGCGUGUCUUUGACGAGCUGUCGCGACAUUUGAAACCAGACGCCAUUUCUUUGUCGGGCCUUCUUGGAGUUUAUGCGGCGAAAGGUGAUCCAUAUCGAGCAGAAGAGCUCCUGCUUUACUUUUACAAGCAGCACACAGCCAAUCGUCACAAACCCACUCCAGACACGACCUGUUUUGAUCAAGUGCUCCUGGCAUGGGCGAAAAAGGGUGGAAAAAAGGCAACAGGGCGUGCUGAGAUGCUGCUGAAGCUCAUGGAGGACAUGGCAUCUGCACCCAACUCCAUUGUCUCGCCGACAACCACUACCUACAAUAUUGUGUUGAAUGCCUUAUCGCGAUCUGGAGACCAAAAUGCGCCAUUGCGCGCUCUUGGCUUGCUGGAAAGGAUGAAAGCAAAACUCGACAAACGGAAACCAUGGAAAAAGCUUGCUAGACCAUGUUCCAUAACGUACACAACACUGAUUGCAGUGAUCUGCCGUCUCAGCACACGACGGGCUCUGGAGACUGUCGAGUUGCUAUUGGAUGAGGCCAUCAAUUCACCAGACAUCAAGACGGACUGCAUGUUCUUCUCUAGUGUCCUUUCAUCGUUGGCAUCUUGCGGGGAGCAAGGUACUUCGACUUUCGCAAAGAAUUUGAUUGAAAGACGAAUGCCUGAUCUCGGAUUGUCUCCAGACAUUUCGUGCUGGAAUGGCUUACUGAACACAUUCGCAAAGAGAGGAAUGGGAGAAGAGGCCGAGGAAACCUUGGAAAUGCUGGAGAAAGGGUUACUUGGCCCAAACGUUCAAUCCUACAGCAUCGUGCUAGAUGCAUACGCCAAGAGCCGGGACCCAGUGUCCAUCAAUCGUGCAGAGUCUCUCAUUGAAAGGAUGAACGAAAGCACUUCGUUCAAGCCAGACGCAAAAGCAUUCACAGCUCUUAUUCAAAAAUACGCUCGUAGCAAUUUGCCUCAAAAAGCCAAGAAAGCCCAAACGGUGCUGGAGCGCAUGAAAGAAGGCGCUAAAGAUGGAAUCGUAGGAAUGCGACCGACUGUGGUGACUUACAAUGCUGUGCUGAACGCCUGUGAGUACACGAAUUCAACCGAUGUUAAGGAGCAGGAAGAAGCCUUUGCAGUUGGCUGCGUUACAUUCGACGAGGUCCGACAAGAAUUCAGACCGACUCACACAACCUACGGAUCUUUUUUGGGCGUUGUCUCCAAGUUGAUGCCCAAGAGCGAUGCCCGCAAUGAAAUCGCCGAGCUUGUGUUCAAGCGCUGUUGCAAAGAUGGACAAGUCAGCGCGUACGUUCUUCGCAAGUUGAAAGCAACAGUUUCUCUUUCGCAAUACAGACAAAUGCUAAGAGGAAAGUCCGAAGAGAGGCUCCCUCGAAGCUGGACGGCCAAUGUCAUGGAGCGGCGCCACGAACGUGCAGUUCCACGACAAGCCAGAUACGCGGCCGAAGACAGUCGUCGUCAUGCCGGAGCCGCCGAUCAGCACGGAGAAGCCCAACAGUACGCGACCCCGUUUCUCUCCCUCCUUAGCUCUAUUUCUAGCUAG